GGGCCGGGCCCCUCCCCUUGUCGCCAGGCCCGCGGCCCGGAUCCCGGAAGCGCUUUACGGCCGCGCCCAGGGCUCCUCAGCCCCCCCCACCCCGCCCCCUGUUCUGAGCUCGCGCUGCCCGGAGACCAGUUUCCCACCCCCCGCCUCCGCGAGCGGACAGGGGGGACUCGCCCCCGCCAGACCCAGGAGGAGGGGGGCGUCCCGGCAGCCCCCGCCCCUCCCCCGCGAGAGCGAGGGGGAGCCGGGCAUGCUGCUGCUGCCGCCGCCGCCCCCCAGCGCACGAUGCUGCAAGUGAAUCGGCAGAGAUGCACUCCUGGAAAUAUGACUUCCUAAGAAGAUAUUAAGGGGAUUUAUUCUUUAUUUAAAGAUAGGAUAUUUUCACAAUAAUGAAGAGCUCCCUUGAUGGUGCAAGCUCCUGUACACGCGAGCUGACUUCAUGGAGGCUCCAUUUGAUGCAGGUAUUGGCAAAACUGUUGCAUUUUCUGACAGAUGCUUCAAUACAUCAAAACUAAAAAGUCAACCUUUCGUGAGAUGACUCUCUAAUAACAAUCACUGUAACAUUAAAAUGCCUGAAGCAUCAGAAGAUCAUAUCCACUGGAAGGCUUAUUGACUUCCAUUUUGAGAAUCCCAGAACAACAUCAGUCUGGCAUGGCGCAGGGUAAUCAGCAACUUGAUGUGCAGGUACUCCAUGACCUCCGGCAACGUUUCCCUGAGAUUCCAGAAGGGGUGGUGUCUCAGUGCAUGCUCCAGAACAACAACAACCUUGAAGCAUGUUGUCGAGUCCUUGCGCAGGAGAGCAACAAAUACUUAUACAUGGAGUACCAUAGCCCUGAUGACAGCAGAAUGAACAGGAAUCGCCUUUUGCACAUUAACCUGGGUAUUCAUCCCCCUACCAGCUACCAUGCAGGGGAAGGAGCUCAACUUAAUGGUGGUCGUACACUGGUACAUAGCUCAAGCGAUGGACAUAUUGAUCCACAAUGCACAGCAAGUAAACAGCUGAUCUGCUUAGUUCAAGAACCACACUCUGCUCCAGCUGUUGUGGCAGCUUCUUCUAAUUACAAUCCAUUUUUCAUGAAUGACCAGACUAGAAAUGCAGCUACUCCUCCUCCGCAACCACCUCAACAGCCAUCUUCCAUGCCACCAGGAAUGAACACAUCUGCUAUGCAAGGCCCUCAUCCUCCUACAUAUAUGCACAUACCUCGGUACAAUACAAAUCCUAUUACUGUUACAUUAUCACAAAACCUCCCCUCUGGACAAACAGUACCCAGAGCUUUACAAAUUCUUCCACAGAUUCCAAGCAAUCUUUAUGGGACUCCUGGUUCUAUAUAUAUUAGGCAGACGUCUCAAAGUUCUUCAGGACGACAGACUCCUCAGAAUGCACAGUGGCAUUCUUCUCCACAAGGCCCAGUUCCACAUUAUACUCCACGCCCGCUACCUGUUUAUCCACAUCAACAGAACUACCAACCUUCACAGUAUUCUCCUAAACAGCCCCAGAUCCCUCAGCCAGCUUAUCAAUCACCACCUGCAUCUCAGUGUCCUUCUCCUUUUGGCUCUCCUCAGCAUCAGGUACAGCCUACCCAGUUAGGUCAUCAGAGUUCACAUGUGUUUAUGCCUCCUAGUCCUUCAACUGUUCCACCCCAUCCAUAUCAACAAUCGCCCCAGAGUUAUCAAAAACAGGGUGGUCACUCAGUAUCUUAUCUCCCUUAUGGUGGACCUAGCUUAUCCAAAGGUUCUAUGAACAAGAUAGAAAUUACAGUUGAGCCACCACAAAGACCUGGGACUGCAAUGAAUAGAAGUCCUUCACCAAUAAAUAAUCAACCAUCUCAACGAAACCAGCACCCGCUGUAUGCAGCCACUACUCCACCUUCAGGCUCUCCUUCUAGAGGUAUGUCAGGUCAACCAAAACCACCAUUUAAUGUUAAUCCAUUAUAUAUUACCUACACACAACCAACUGGACCUACAGGUGCACUAACGCAGUCUCCCCGGGUAAUGGUAUCUCAGCCAAACUCAACAGUGUUUAAAAUCACAGUAGGUCGAGCGCAGACUGAGAAUCUUUUAAAUUUAGUGGACCAAGAGGAGCGUUCUGCAGCACCAGAACCUAUUCAGCCCAUUUCAGUAAUACCAGGAUCUGGAGGAGAAAAAGGAAUCCAUAAAUACCAGAGGAGUUCCAGUUCUGGAUCAGAUGACUACGCUUAUACUCAAGCCUUGCUAUUACAUCAGCGAGCAAGGAUGGAGAGGUUAGCAAAAGAACUGAAGCUUGAGAAAGAGGAACUUGAGCGGCUGAAAACUGAAGUCAAUAGCAUGGAGCACAAUCUUAUGCAGAGGCGACUUAGAAGAGUAAGCUGUACAACCUCAAUCCCAACACCUGAGGAAAUGACCAGACUGAGAAGCCUGAAUAGACAGCUCCAGAUAAAUGUUGACUGUACUCUGAAAGAAGUUGACCUCCUUCAGUCUAGAGGUAACUUUGAUCCGAAAGCCAUGAGCAACUUUUAUGAUAAUAUAGAGCCUGGUCCUGUUGUGCCACCAAAGCCAUGUAAAAAAGAGCAUCAACCCAGCUCCAAACAGACUCCACAGACUCAGCCAAGAGAUGAAGACUUUGAAGGGGCUCCAUGGAAUUGUGAUAGCUGCACCUUUCUGAACCACCCAGCGCUAAACCGCUGUGAGCAGUGUGAAAUGCCACAUUACACCUGACUCUGGAAAGGGUCUGCAUUAGGUUGAAAACAGGUUCUUGAGCCCACAGCCAUAGGAGAAGGAAACAUGGGGAACCUUUCAGUCCAUCUGCCAGGCCUUUGCCAGUCAACUAUUUUCAGAUUAUGAGGGGGGAGGAAAAGAUGUGAAACUGUUUCCACUUGUACUGCUCUAAAGAAUAAAUUUGGGGGGGCGGGUAGGGAAAUAUUCUUUUCUUAUGCCAUUGCAGUGAGCAAAGCAGAAAGGAUAGCCAAAACCAGAAAAGGAUUCACUCUUUGAAGAAUGUAUACAGGAAAACAGAUGAUUGCUGCAGUUUAAUCCUGUGGCUACAGUUACUGCUUAGUGGCUCUUAAUUUUUAAAUAUAGAACUUUUAGUAAUGAUGUGAAAUAUUACAGUUAUCCUGACAACCUGAAGCCAUAGCUGACCUACCUGGUCCCAGCUAGCUGGAAAACAAAGGCUCCCUGUGCUUCUGGAUUGUAAACUACUGAAAAAGAAGACAGGAAAAUGCAACUGUAAAUUUUACAACAUAUAGAAAACAGAGAGAAGGGUAUUUGUAAUCGCUGCUUUUUUUCAGGGUGAUUUAAAUCUACACAAAAAUUUGCUGUUUUGAGAUUGUGACUUCUGGUGCAAAAAUGAGGUACUGUAUGAGCCUUACAAAAAGUAGAAUCGGAGGUGAUUCUACAAUCCCUUUUGCUUGUAGAGUGCUCACCAAGCAGUGUCAACACUGGUAAUUAACUAAGAACUAAUUCUACCAUAUUACUGAUGAAGAGAGUGCUGCAUGCUUUUAUUUGGUCCUUGUGUGGUAAAGCUAAAAGUAAAUUAUGCUUUUAUAAAUAACGUUCUCCUAAGACUGCCCUGUAGCAGAACAGUGAACAUAUGCCAAAUGCCAGAACUAUUCCAAAUUCUGUUUGGAAGAUUUGAGCUCAGCCAUGAUUAUGUAUGAGAAGUGUUUGCACCCUGUUACUUAGGCCUUUUCUGCUUCCAAUUUUGUGAAGAAUUCUUGAUGUUUACAGCACAGAAGGUACUUUGUGCCCCAAUCCUGAUUUAGCUGAAAAAGAAUUAAUCAAUGUUAGCUCUUCAAUAAAGAUUUAUUUGCACAUUGUUAAUAAAUCAGCCUGUAUAAAAUAGCAGAUGGCAGAUCUGGAAAAGUUGCGUGCUGCAUUUUUUAAUUUUGGUCAGGAAAUGUUUGCAAUACCGUGAAGAAUACAAAACACUUGCAAACUAAAAACCAUGCAGGUACUUUUAUGCAUCUAAUGUAUUGUAUUAUAUUAAAUGAUCAGUUUUGUUUAAAUGCUUCAGUUUGCUGUACUAAAGCAGUCAUUAUUUGUGAAAUCAGAACUUCUGGAUUUGGGCAGCUGAAUGAUUAUGAUGUGAAAUUGUGAGACUGAUUUAGGAUGUUUUUCAUAUUGGUAAGAAGCUGGUACCAUGCAAUUGAAUUUUUACACUGUAACUUUGUUGUGUGAAAUCUAACAUUUUCACGGCAUUUGAAAGUUUUUGUUGUUUUUGCCUGUAUUGCCUUUCUGGUGUCUUCCCUCCAUGCAGUUUAAAAAGAUGAUAGCAAAAACUGCUGUCUUGUGUUUCAGAUCAGGAACUACCUUUUAUCUGGUAUGAUAUUGAAAUAUGUUCCUUCAAUCGUAAAAUCUUCAGCAUAACCUAAAAUCUAUUUAAUAAGUCUGCUUGAGAUCAAUUGAAGUGUGCAUCAUUAAUAAGCAAAAUGAAGUCAAAGGCAUCAGAGCUGAGAUUUCUUUUUAAGUUGAUGAUGAUUUUGCACUGUAUGAUGAGGAGCUCAUAUCUGAAAGAAAACAAAAAUCCCCGCUGUCCAGAUGAAGUUAAAAAUAAGAGUAAAUUUUUGUAAUUCUGUUUUGUAUAAAUGGAUAGUAUGGCAAAACUGAAGGGACAGUGUGGAAAACAGAUGAGCUGAAGUAUUUUACCGAAAACAUUUUUCUUCCUUGAGAGAUUAGCAACAUCAUUACCUGAUGAAUAUUCAGGUAUUCAAUACAAUACCAAUUCUGUCAUAGUUCUUCAGUGAUGAUGCCUUUUCUUUUGUAUGAUUUCAGUUUUCAGUCCUAUUUAUGUUGACUUUUUAACAGCUUUAGUUUCUGCUGGAAUAGCAAAAAUAACUAAAAUGAGUCAUCAGAUGAGAGUAACAGUAGCAUGCUGGAGAACAGUUGUGCCACUUUGUUUUAAGACAGUGUAGAUGCUGUUUAUAAAAAAAAAAAAAAAAAAUGCAUGCAACUCAUUAAUUCUGUGAGCUCUAAUAAUCCGAAAUGCAUGGUUUCUGGUGUUACAAAGACAUUCUAAUCUUAGUCAUAGCUGUCACCAGCUAGCAGAAGACAGAAAAGAGGCAACCUGUGAGGAGAUGCUGUUGGGAGGGUGAGAGAGAGUGCCAUCAAAUGGGCAAGUUGAUUUUAAGAGCAAAGCUGAGUUUUAUUUGAGCUUUUUUCAGUUCAUUUGUUGGUUGUACAAGAAAUAUUGAAAAUUUUAAAUUAAUGAACAAACAUUAGCAGUAAAAGAACGAUAUAUGGUACUUGAAUCUUUCGUUUGUUAGAACAUAAGUUAUAUUUAAAUAUUAGAUCAUUCAUUUUGCUUUUGGAAGCAGGCAACAUCUUCACACUCCAACUGAAAUGUAGACUAUGCCAAAAAAGGUUUCUUCGUGUAAUAUUUAUUUAAUGCACACAAAACCGUAAUGUCAGCUGGCAUAUAAAAUGCACUGUAUUGUAUAAAACUUUUGAGUGUAUAUGUGUGUGGAUGGCAGGAUGCUAAUGCCGUUGUGUUGUUAAUGCACUACUUAUUUUUAAUAACAAGCUUUCCCUCAACCAUGCUAUUAGACUAGUUCGGUUGGUAACUUACUUGGACUUUAGGUAUUCAAAAGGAUUUCACAAUUCAUCUAAAUUAACUUUUAUAAAAGCUUAUUUUAUAUUUAUCUAUUAGUAUCAAUUAUCCAUUCCUACAACCACAGUUUUUUAAAAGUUUUAGUCAGAGUGGGACUUGUGAACAAUAUUUCAGGGUAUAGCAAACCAAAAGAAAUCCUAAACUUGGCUAUGCUUCAAAUUUGAUGUAAUUAUCAACCUUGCUUGUUUGGGAGGGAGAAGGGCAAGUAGGGGCUAAGAAGAAAAUACUUUGUAAAAUAUAGUCUAAGGUCAGAUUGAGUUGUGCAUUUGUGUGUCUGUGGUACGUGUGUUUUCCCUUAAGAUGGGAGGUGUGAUGAGAAGGUGUAAUAAUUUUUAAAGAGCUGGGCUCAGUCUUAGUACUUCCUAAUCCUGUUUUCUUUAAAAGUAUAUUAUUGCUUGCUUUCAGUUACUGUAUCUAUCCCAGUUAUACUCUCAUUUCAAUUUUUCCAUGGCAACAUAUAUUGACAUUAAGAUUGAUUGUAAAAUCCUUUGAAACUGAAUUCAGAAAUAUUUAAGAGCUGAAAUUGGGACAAAACAAAAUGGGGAAAAAAAUAAAGAAUGUGAGACUAUCAAAUAAGUUAAAAAUGAAAUUGUCAUCUUGAUCCUUUUUAAUAUUCAUUGGUGUACCCAGGAAUGUGAAAAUGGCUUUCAUAGUUCAAGGUAGACUGAGAUACUUAACUGCUUCUCUGAGACUGUAAAAUUUACAUGCUAUGAUACUACUGUGACUCUCCACCCCAUAAAGAGAGAAGACAUGCACACAAACAAAGCGUCUUGUAGUCAAUAUUGCUUCUUGUGUUCUGCACCUAUUUUAUUUUCUUUCCAAAUGUUAACAUAAUUAUUUAAAGUUGGCCAUGAUUGAAACUUGCUGUAUUUUUUAGUUUGGGGCAUUCUCAUUGCUUGUCUAUAAAUAUUAAUACAGGUAGGUUUUUCUUGACUUGUUUGAAUAAUAAGAGGUCAUUGGAGUUAAUGCAAUAUUAUAAUUUUGGAUUUUCAAGACCUUAAAGAAUUUUUUAAAACUCUGUUCUUGAAAUUUAUUUAUUUAUGGUGGCGCCGAUGUAUCUAAUCCAUAUUUCCUGCUGUGUGAAACCCUGUUAAAUUUUUUCAUUAAAACAGCAAGACUAGAUCUUGUUAAAUCCUGUAAAUACGAUGUCUCUAGAUUUUAGAUGUAUAUGCUGUGAAUGAGAUUAUUACCAAGAGAUGAAAUUGUACAAAAGCAUUAAGAGGCUAUGCAUGUGUGGUAUCUCCAGAAAAUGCAUACUCGGAAAGUUGCAGAUUUCUGCAAAAAUAAAUUAAUAAACUAAGAAAACAUCACAUCCUGCAUUUGUUCUCAUGUGUAGUAGAAGACAUUUCCAAAAUACCAAAUUUUCUUGCUUUGACAACUAAACAUGUUUCUGUGUUAAAAUGUAGCAUUCUCCAUAAACCCAUAACUAUAUCAAACUUU